UUUCCUUAGCCUGUCAACUGCAUGUGAAUGUGUUUGGAUGACUCUUGCAAAACCCGGCCACGUGUGGGCUACCAACGUGUAUAUAAAGGCCACUCUUGCAAAUUCCUGCAAAACUAAACACAAAGAUACUUGUGCAAAUAAGUAUAUUCCAAAUGGUAUCUGGCGCUACGACCACUCCCGAGAGGGUCAGCAUCUUCGAAGCAUCGGUGUGGGAUGCCUUCUUCAUCCAAUACGAGCCAGACCCGCUGCCGAUAUCUGAAGAAUGCAUGCAUGUGAAAGUGGCCAAAUUGAAGGAGGAUGUACAGAUGUUGUUUAAGACUUUCAACAAUACUCCGUUAGAGAAAAUGACAUUUGUGGACACACUCGAACGUCUCGGAAUUGGUCACCUAUUUGAAGAACAUAUCAACACGGCGAUAAAUGAAAUCCACCAGAGUGAAUUCAAUAGUUCCGGCCUCUAUGAGGUUGCUCUUUGCUUUCGCUUGCUUCGGGAGCAUGGGGUUUGGGUAUCUCCAGAUGUAUUCAAUAAAUUCAAGGCCGGAGAUGGGAGCUUCAACAAGGAUAUAACUAAUGAACCAAGGGCACUAUUAUGUUUAUACAACGCAGCUUACCUUUCAAUCCAUGGUGAAUCAGAACUUGAUGAAGCCAUUUCAUUUGCAAGGCAUCACCUUGAAUCCACGAGCGGCAAUCUUGAGUACCCUUUAUCGGAGCAAGUCAAACGAAACCUUGAGAUACCAUAUGCAAGGACUUUGAAGAGAAUAGAUGCACCAUAUUACAUUGCAGAGUAUGGACAAGAGCAAACAUGCAACCCUUCCGUGCUUGAGCUUGCAAAGCUCAACUUUAAUCUUUUGCAGUGUGUUCACCAGAGGGAGCUCAAGGAUUUUUGUCGGUGGGGAAACGAUCUCUAUGAAGAGGUCGAACUAAGCUACUCUCGGAAUCGUAUAGUUGAAUGCUACUUCUGGUCCUACACUGUGCACUAUGAGCAACAGUAUGGACAUGCACGAAUAAUCCUUGCAAAGGUAUUUGUGCUGACUUCCAUGUUAGAUGACACUUUCGAUAUGCAUGCUACCUUGGAAGAGGCUGAAAAGCUCACCGAAGCCAUACAAAGAUGGGACGAGAGUGCUGUUUUUCUAUUACCAGAGUACUUGAAAAAGUUCUAUGUCAGGUUGAUGAAUACCUUCAUAGAGAUUGAGCAUGAACUGAAACCUGAUCAUAAGUACCGUGUUGCUUAUUGUAGGAAAGCGAUACAAACUUUGUGUAGGUCUUACCAACAGGAAUCUGAAUGGUUUCAUAACAGUUACAUACCAAGCUUUGAAAAUCACCUCAAGUGCUCGCUCAUCUCUUCAGCUAUUGCGAUGCUAUCUGUUGUUUUACUUGUUGGUAUGGGUGACGAAGCUACAAGGGAAGCAUUCGAGUGGGCCAUCGGUUGCACCGAUGCUGUAAUGGCUGGCAGUGUUGUGGCACGUUUGGCGAAUGACAUGACUUCAUUUAAGAAUGGAAAGAACAAGAAGGAUGUGGCCAGCUCUGUGGAUAGCUAUAUCAACCAGUACCACGUUACGGGUGAUGUAGCUUUUGCUGUGCUGGAUAAUAUGGUUGAAGAUGCAUGGAAAACUACCAAUCAGGCACGAUUUGACCGUCGUGCGAUGCUCCCACUUGUAGAACGAGUCGCGAGAAUGACCAAGAGCAUGGUCUUCACGUAUCAUCACAAGAAGGACCGCUACACAUUCAGCCGUUUGAACAAAGAUAGGGUCAAGCAGCAGUUCGUCGACCCAAUCCCCCUCUAGCUUGGCGGAUGUUUAUGCCCCUUGUUUAUUUCUAUUUCUAUUCUCCAAUAAGAUAAUCACAUCUUGUGUUUUAUUUAUUCGAAAUUUCAAACUCAGAGUGUAAUCACACAUGUACUUGUGCAUGUUCUCGUAAUAUCUCUUCUAGUUUAGGGUAUUGAACGAAUUGAGUAAAAUCUUGAGCCAGGACAUUUUGAAAGGAAGCCGGUUAGCUUGUGCUAUUUGUGAUGUAGUAUCAAAGUUUAAAUACUUCCAGUAGUAUCAUCAUCGCAACAUGCUCAACGUAUUUACUAAGCUAAUACCACUAGAUAGACCCGGGG